UGAGAACAAUUCGUGCCGUUUGUUAAACACAGCUUCAGACGGUAGCGUUACUAUUGUGUUUUCGAGCGUGAUAACCAACUUAAAGGAUAGUGAGACCGGAUUGUAAAAUAAUAUGCUAGAAACCAGGAGAGUCUGAUUUAAAUUCUCAUUGAAAGAUCAAGCAACGCGUGAGAUACAAAAUUCAACGUAUAGCAUAAAAAAUAAGACAGUCAAAAUGAUAUUGCAAGAUACGUGGAUUUGUCAUAAAUGCCUAAAUUAUUUUGAAUAACCUUAAAUGACAAAAUUCUAAGAUAUGUAAUUCAUAUUUGGUUGCGUUACUAAAAAAGAAUCAUGAAUCGUCGUGUUAUAUGUCCAACUAAUGCACAAUCACCGUACGAUGAAGUUUCGCAUGAAAUUGACAAUAACAUUUUAACUAUUACAUUGCCUAAAGAUAGACAUCGCGUUCAAGCCGUGGAUGGACAAAUUGACGAGCCUAUCAUUGAUGUUAAUUGCUUGGAUAAAUAUGGUAAGAAAUGCAAGAAAGGCUGCCCGAAAAUUAAUGUAAUGCAUAAUCAGGAACCUACUCCUAAAAAACCGGAGGAAGAAAUGUUAUUAUUAAGGACAACAAGACAAAUUACUCUCACCGACGAUAUGAAGCACAGUCUUGAAGUGGAAUUUAAGUCACCACGAAAUUAUAUCCCGUUGCCAGAACCAGGACCUACUCCGCCCAUAAUUAUUCCGAAAGAACCUGUUAUCUUGAAGAAACUUGAAGAUAAAGGUAAAAAAAAGGAAGUAAAACAAUGAAGAUAAAUAUCAAGCAACACUUUUAAACACCAUUUGUGGGAAAUAUUUUAUUUGUGUAAGAAGUCUGGAAAGAAAUUCUAAUUUGCUAUGUACAACAAGGCCAAUGAUAGUUGCUUGGAAAAGUAAACUCAUGAAUCCAAUAAAACUUUUUUAAAGUAAAUAU